UUCCUUUUCAGAUACUCAACACAAAAGCAACAUCAGCCAAGAAAAGAAAACUGCACUCACAAAGCACAAAAAAUUCAUUGAUUCUUGAUUUUUUUUUCUUCCCCUAUUCAUUCUCACUGAUCAAUCAAUCUAGCAUUGAGUAACCUUUGCUUACUCUUCAUUGAUCAAUCUAGCAUUAAUUCUUUUGAUUACAUUCUUGAAAAAUGGUGAAGACUGAGCACAAGAUCCAAUCAGAACCAGCCAAGCCAACCAAGCCAAUCCCUUCAUCAUCAUCAUCAUCAUCUUCAUCUUCAUCAUCAAAAUCCAAGUCAUCUUGCAAGAAGAAGUACAAGGGUGUGAGGAUGAGAAGUUGGGGAUCGUGGGUUUCAGAGAUUAGAGCACCAAAUCAGAAAACAAGAAUCUGGUUAGGCUCUUACUCUACUGCAGAAGCAGCCGCAAGAGCCUAUGAUGCUGCACUUUUAUGCCUCAAAGGCUCCUCAGCCAAUCUCAACUUCCCAAUCUCCUCAUAUUCCCUACGCUUCCCUGAAAGCCUAAUCAUGUCCCCUAAGUCCAUCCAAAGGGUAGCGGCCGCUGCAGCCGCAACAGUUUCCACCACCACAACGGCCACUGCAACCGACCCUGAAUCACCAGACUCACCAUCUCAGCCCUCUACAUCAUCAUACUCAGCCUCAGAAUCAGCCUCAUCGCCGACACCUUCGCUGUCAUCUUCACCACCUGAUCAUCCUCCUUAUAUCAUUGAAGAAGAAGAUAUAUCUGCAUCAGUAUCACUGCCACCUGCAAAUCUUUUGGAUGAAGCAGUAAUGCCUAUGACCAUGAAUGCUGCUGCUGGCCAGUGGUACACCUUUGAUUCACCAAAGUACACGGAUAUGGUUAAUGGUGUAUUCUUUGAUCCUAUGAUGAUGAUUGAAGAUGUCUAUGAAGAAGGUGAUAUCAAUCUGUGGAGCUUCUGCUGAAGAAGAAAUUGGGAAAUUCAUCAAGAAAUUAAUUGAUUUGCUUCUUUUUUUUUUUAUCAUUCGUUGGAUGAUCUUCAGUCUAUUUCAUGAAGACAUUACUGACAGUGACCAAAAUUCAUUUGUUAUUAGUGUAAUUUGGAAUUUACUAGGAGAUCAGGUGAAUUCACCAAAGAAUGUAGACUAGAAAUAAGAGAAAAUUGGAAAACUUCCUCUUUCCCA